AUGAGGUUUACAGCCCCUCAGUUAAUGAAGAAACCCUUAGAGCAGAGGGACAAGAACAAGCACUGCGCUUACCAUAGAGGUUACGGGUAUACAACCAAUGAUUGCAGAUUCCUUAGGCAGCAAGUGGAGAACAUGAUAAUCAGGGGUGAAUUGGCAGACUACUUCAUAACAAAGGAGUAUGUGAAGCCUCGGGAGGUCAAUCCUCGGAAAGUAGAAGGUAAUCAAGUGAAGGUCAUCCAUGCAAUACAUAGGAGAUCAGAAGAUGAGCAAGAGUCAGAGGAAGUAUAUAGAUCCAAACUGAGGGCAGCCCAUAAGCGAAGAAAGUUAUCCUUAGUGAACACUAUCGCUUCGGGCAGUAUCAUAUCGAGUUCGGUGAUGGAGAUUUAUCCAGAGUUCAACUACCCCACAAGGAUCCGUUAG